AGCCCGGCCGGCCCUCCUGCGGGCGAAGCGGCACUCGGGCACCGCGCGCGCCCGGAGCAGCAGCGGCGAGCCGGGGCCAUGGGCUGCGACGUGCGCGUGUCGGGGCUGUUCCGCCGCAACCUGCAGCCCACGCUCACCUACUGGAGCGUCUUCUUCAGCUUCGGCCUGUGCAUCGCCUUCCUGGGGCCCACGCUGCUGGACCUGCGCUGCCAGACGCACAGCUCGCUGCCCCAGAUCUCCUGGGUCUUCUUCUCGCAGCAGCUCUGCCUCCUGCUGGGCAGCGCCCUCGGGGGCGUCUUCAAGAGGACCCUGGCCCAGUCGUUAUGGGCCCUCUUCACCUCUUCUCUGGCCAUCUCCCUCGUGUUCGCCGCCAUCCCCUUCUGCCGCGACGUGAAGGUGCUGGCCUCGGUCAUGGCGCUGGCGGGCCUGGCCAUGGGCUGCAUCGACACUGUGGCCAACAUGCAGCUGGUGAGGAUCUACCAGAAGGACUCGGCGGUCUUCCUCCAGGUUCUCCAUUUCUUUGUGGGCUUUGGUGCUCUGCUGAGCCCCCUCAUCGCUGACCCCUUUCUAUCUGAGGCCAACUGCUUGCCUGCCAAUGGCACAGCCAACGCCACCUCCGGCAGGCACCUGCUCCAUGCCGCCAGGAUCCUGGGCCACCACCACGCUGAGGCCCGGCCGUGGUCCAACCAGACGCUUCCUGGGCUGACUCCGCAGGACGGGGCAGGGACCCGCGUGUCCUACGCUUUCUGGAUCAUGGCUCUGAUCAAUCUCCCGGUGCCCAUGGCUGUGCUGUAUCUGCUGUUCAAAGAGCGGCUGCUGACCUGCUGCCCUCAGAGGAGGCCCCUGCUCCUGUCUGCAGAUGAGCUUACCCUGGAGACACAGCCUCCUGAGAAGGAAGAUACUUCCUCGCUGCCCCCAAAGUUUCACCCAGGGCAUGAGGACCUGUUCAGCUGCUGUCAGAGGAAGAACUACCAAGGAGUCCCUUCUUCCUUCUUCGCCAUCCACAUUACAGCCGCCCUGGUCCUGUUCAUGACCGACGGGUUGACGGGGGCAUACUCCGCCUUUGUGUACAGCUAUGCAGUGGAGAAACCGCUGUCCGUGGGACACAAGGUGGCCGGUUACCUCCCCAGUCUCUUCUGGGGCUUCAUCACCCUAGGUCGGCUCAUCUCCAUUCCCAUAUCCUCAAGAGUGAAGCCAGCCACCAUGGUUUUCAUCAAUGUGGUCGGCGUGGUGAUGACGUUCCUGGUGCUUCUUGUUUUCUCCUACAACGUCGUCUUCCUGUUCGUGGGGACAGCCAGCCUUGGCCUGUUCCUCAGCAGCACCUUUCCCAGCAUGCUGGCCUACACCGAGGACAUCCUGCAGUACAAAGGCUGCGCGACCACAGUGCUGGUGACAGGGGCAGGCAUUGGCGAGAUGGUCCUCCAGAUACUGGUUGGUUCGAUAUUCCAGGCUCAGGGCAGCUAUAGUUUCCUGGUCUGUGGCGUGAUCUUUGGUGGCUUGGCUUUUACCUUCUAUAUCUUGCUCCUGUUUUUCCACAGGAUGCACCCUGGACUCUCAUCAGUUCCUAUCCAGGACAAAGCACUUGGAAUGGAAAGCCUGGAGUGCUACCAGAGGUAAAACUAGGGGAAGAAGGCAGGUGAAGACUUCUGGCCUCUCGAGCACCCGUACAGGUCAAAGGGCUAAAGAAAGCUGGGGUGGCGGCGAAGGAACCUCUCAGCGCCUUGGUUCUGAUCUUCGCUAAUCCUUGUUUGGGUAGAAGAAAUUAAAUUUGAGUUCUGGUA